AUCUUUUUGUCGGCCCAAAGAUCAACAAUGAAAAGGCCUGUGUUGUUUUGCCCGGCUUUACCUUGGUGUUUUGUUUGCCUCCCAUGCUGGCGCUUGCUGCCUUGGAUCGGGCAACUCCUUUAGCUCUUACUCGAGCAUCACACGUGGUGCGGGCGGAGGCGUUUGAAACCAUCCGGUCGCUCGCUGAGCCGAAACUUGGCCGAGCGAGGUCCGAAGCGAGGACAUCUGCGUUGGUGCUUGGAGCAGGUUGUUUGCUUGCGCAAGGCCUUUGCUCACAAAGCCGGAGCAGUAUGUUCAUCAGGUCUUGGAGCAGAAGACGCCUGGCAACUGUUGCAUGCUCUGCUCACAGGAGACCGCAUGAUGCAAAAGAUGCAAAAGCAUCGCGCAUGGCUAGAAUGACCUGCUGCGAUGAAGCUCCUACGCAAAGCCCACAGGAGCGCACACUUCCAGAAAUGACUUCCGAAACUGGCAUUCUCCGCCCAUUGCCGCAACGCAUACGAAAUGAUAUUGGCAAGUUUGACACUGGCCGGUAUGCAAACCCCAAUGCCUUGGAAGGUGAAGCAUACUACUUGCCAGGGUUGAAUUGCCGUCCCGAUGACCGAUCAGUGUUUCAGCGUCUCAUGUUGGAACUGGACUUUAAGGACUGCUGGCUUGAGACAGGCAUGAAAUUUUCUCGUCAAAUUUGCAUUGGAGAUGCAGAGACGCUGGCAAAGGCACCAACUUAUCGUUCCAUCGUCGAAAGGGUCUCUAAGGUGUUUGGGGUUCGGGUGGUGCGGACCCUGGUGAAUCUUUACCGAGAUGGUCGUGAUUGGUGCAACUUGCAUUCGGACCAAUAUCACCAGGGUGGCUAUCCCAUUGAUCUCACCGUAGGUGCGACCUUUGGAGAUCCACGCAGGCUGCUGUGGGUGGAGAAGCGCAAUACACGUCACAAAAUUGAGCUCCCACAACGCAAUGGGGACGUUUUUGCGUUCUCCGACAAAAUCAACACGACUUGGCGGCAUAUGAUUCCUGAGGAGGGUCCUGAGUGUGGACCGCGCAUCUCGGUGAUCGUGUGGUGUGACCGGCAGGAGUCUUCCAAUUGGCUGGGCUCUCUGGGAAGUUUCCCACACAUGCUGUAUCACAAUCCACGGGGUAGGGGUCAGGACUUUAAGGCCAAGCCGCAAAACCGAAGGGCGGCAUCUUCACCGAUCUUGGGCCCUGAGCAACUUCUCCCUGAGGAGCUGGAAGAUGCUUUGACAAAUGCAAAAAAAGCGAUAACUCUGCAAGGAGCACAGCAAGUGUUUGCAAUUCUUCGUGGCAUCAAGCUUAUUGAAAAUCGCACUUGGGCAAUUCCGAGGGGAUGGUAUGCCCUACAUGCAGGUGCACAAAUGAUCAACGAAGAGCGUGCUCAACGAACCAGAAAGGCUUGGCCAGAGGCGCCGCCAGAGGAAGAGCUACCCCAUGGAGCCAUUGCGGGUCUUAUUUACAUAGACCAGAAUUGCAAGCCGAGGGAUUGCAGGAAAGGCUACAUUUGGGCGCGGGGGCCUAUUUGCAAUGUGAUCUCUCGUGCAGUGGAGCUUCCGAAGCCAGUACGAUGUCGUGGGGACCGUGGACUUUGGGAGCUACGAAGCUCGUUGAAAGUUCGGAUCCGCUCGGAGUUGCUAAGAGCUGGGAGUUGUUGUGAGGUGAAGCACUUUGACCUGACCCCAGCACUUGGACGUGCGGAUGAUUCUCGAUGCGGAUGAUUGUGGGAGACUUGUGUCACCCCUUUGAGUCACAAAGAGCACUUGGCAAGGGGUGCUUGUGUAGUCGCAGUCCCCAGAUUCAAUCCGAGACACCCAGAAGACGGAGAAAAGUGCUUGCAUGACUUUUGCAGUACUUGCCAAAUUACACCCAGCAUGGGGGAAAACAUCACCUUCAAAGAUAGAGAGUGCACAACUAGGUUCAGCGCUGUCCUUCCAUCAAG